CACUACAAAACAACUGUAAACUAAUUAGGGUUUACUCGUUAACAAGAAAUGAACCUUGAAGAAGAUCCAGAACUCGUCAUGUCAGGCUACGGGAACUCUAACUCCGCCACCCGUUGCUGCUUCUGCUUCCCCUCCACCGUCGGAUCACCCUGGUGGCAGAGAUUCCGAUCCUCCUCCUCCAACAGCCUUCAUCCACCGGACGAUUGCAGUAACAACAACAGUCAGAAGUGGUGGAGUAAAGGCGUUACGGCGUUGAAGAAAUUCCGAGAGUGGUCUGAGAUCGUCGCCGGUCCGAAAUGGAAAACUUUCAUCAGAAGAUUUAAUAGAACUAAUAAAACCAGACAUCAAGGUAAAUUCCAGUACGAUCCUUUGAGUUACUCUUUGAAUUUCGAUCAAGGCAAUUCCGACGACGGUUAUAAUCACGACGAUGAUUACGGCGGAUUUCGCGAUUUCUCGACACGGUACGCUUCUGUUUCGGCCUCCGGUAAGCCGCUCGCUAUGGCGAUUCCGGUUAUGGAAGUGGAUGGUCGCGGUGAUAAAGACGCGCCGGUGAUCGGGUGAUUGGGAAUUAAUAAUAAAAAAGUUGCGCUGGUGUGCGUUUCGGCUACAGCUGGAGUGGGGGAUGGAUGACGUAAUUUGACGGCGCAAGAUUGGCAAUUUUAAUUAGUUUUUUGUUUUUACUUUGGUUAAUUGAAAAAUGAUUAGAUAGACAUAAAAAGGAUGAAUAGAAAUGAUUGUUAAUAAUAGGUGUAAAGAUUAAGGAAGAGUUGCGUUUAUAAAUAGGAAAGUUUUAAUUUGGUUGUAA